AUGGAUAAACUAAAUCGCAUGAAAGGUACUUUGAAAAGUGCCACAACUAAGCUAGAAAACUUUGUGAAAGAUAUUUCCGAAUCGAAGGCUUUUACAAGUACCUUAUUGGAAGUGAAAAUUCGAAAAUUGCAAGAACUUCAGUUGAAAGUUUCGGAAAUAAGGGAGGCAUAUUAUGAAGUCCAGGACAUUGAGAACUUGCCUGCUCUGAACAAGGAAUUCGAAGAUAUAGAUGAUCGCCUCGAAGAAAUAGAGGUAAGCCUAAACACCUUUCUCAUAUCUAUUAAAGAAGUACCUCAGUUAGAGAGGAAUGUUGAAAAUAACGAUGUCAAAAAAUUGAAUAAUAUGAAAGUUAAGCUUCCCGAGAUACCUUUACCUGUUUUUUCCGGUAAAUAUGACGAAUGGUCAACAUUCAAGGUACAAUUUACCAAUUUAAUCAUAAACAAUGAUCACUUAAACGAUACACAAAAGCUGUACUAUUUACGCGCAUCUUUAAAUACCGAAGCUAAGCAACUAGAAAGUGCUGAUGAUUCCUUUCAUUCUUUGUUCACAGCACUAACAGAAAGGUUUGAAAAUCACCGAUUAAUGGUGGAUACACACAUUGCAGCUAUAAUUAAUUACGAAAAAAUUCAACAUGAAUCUGCCAAAGAAUUAAGAAAAUUCGUCGAUUGCAUACAUAAAAAUAUAAGAGCAUUAAAAGUACUAAAUUAUGAGCAAAAUGAUCUGUCAGACGCUUUCCUUAUCAAUAUCCUACUGCAAAAAGUAGAUAGGGAAACAAGAAAAUUGUUUGAAUACACUACGACGAAAAAAGAAUAUCCGAAGUUCGCGGAAUUGAUCUCCUUUCUGGAAAAUAGAAGUUCUACACUAGAAAGUGUGAACAGAAAUAUUGCUAACAAGGCACUCAACAAACCGUCCAACUCUUAUUCAAAUAAAACAAAAACCUUCGUACUUCAUUCGAAUGAAAAAGCUAAACCAAAGAUUUGUAUUUUGUGCAAGAACUCUCAUGGUUUGAAUAAAUGUUCCGAGUUUCAUAAAAUGAAUGUAUCGGAAAGAUACGAUUUCGUUAAACAAAAUAAACUAUGCGUUAACUGUUUGAAUAUAAAUCAUACGGUGAAAUCAUGCUAUUCUAAAAUGUCUUGCUUUUAUUGUGCUCUGCGACAUAAUUCACUUCUCCACAGAGAGAAAAAAGAAGAUAGGAGCCAAACCGAAGCUCCUUUAGAGGCGCCGACCUUGAACUCGCGUAAAUAUUUCGGAGAUAACCCAGAACCAAUAUCCGUUGCGUCAUCUUCUGCAAUAAAUCUCGGAAACGCAAAGCAGCCUGAAACAUUUCAAACACUUAGUAAUGUCAUGACAGAAAAAAGAUCCGUGUUAUUAAGCACAUGUUUUAUCUUCAUUAGAAAUUCUUCAGGCCAAAGAAUACGUAUCCGUGCGGUCUUGGACAGCUGUUCUAACGUAAAUAUUCUAAUAAGUGAAUGUGCUGAACUGUUAGGAUUUAAGAGGAAUUCAAUUAAUGUUCCAAUAAUUGGAUUAAAUGGAUCAGUCCAUAACAUAAGAAACAAAAUUAAUACUCUUGUUUCCAAUUCUGAUGAAACAUUCAAAGAGAACAUGGAUUUUCUACUCGUGCCUAAAAUUACAGACGUUAUUCCAUCAACUCAAUUAAACGUUUCAAACAUAAAAUUUCCUUCUUUCAUUGAGUUUGCUGAUCCUGCGUUUUUCAAACCAGGAAAAAUUCAUGCCUUAAUUGGAGCUGAAUUCUUUUAUAAAAUUUUAAAACAUUCUACGUUUGAAGUUAACGAUAAACUUACAUUGCAAGAUUCAGUUUUCGGAUGGAUUCCAACUGGAGUUCUGGACGAAAUAAAACCGUCCGUUAGCUAUGCUCAGUGUCAUCUAAUUAGGGACUUUGAUGAGCUGAAUAAUAAUUUAAAACAGUUUUGGGAGCUAGAAUCUAUAGGAAUCAAACAUGAGGAUUCAAAAUUAUUGGAAGAAGACCAAGCACAGAACAUAUUUGAUAGAACUGUUAGGUUCGUAAAAGAUCGUUAUGAGGUUGAAUUACCCUGGAAAAGGGAUUGGAAAGAAUUGAAGGACAAUUUUAAUAUUGCUAAACAACGUUUAGAAGGACUACAGAGAAAAUUUUAUCGAAAUGAAGAGUUGUAUAAUCAAUAUUCUGAAAUAAUCAAAGAUUAUAUAAAUCAAGGGAUUAUAGAACAAGUGGAAGGGGAUAAACCUGAUUCACACAAGGCUACUUAUUAUAUGCCUCAUCAUGCAGUCUGUAAGGAAGACAAACUUACAACGAAGGUUCGAAUAGUUUUUGACGCAAGUUCUCAUGAGGAUAAUUGUUUUUAUGUAGAUGACUUAAUUUCCGGUGGUAAGGAUCUUAAAGAAGCACUUGAAAUUUCUCGUAGUGCAAAAAAUAUUAUGCAAGCCGCUGGGAUGACUCUUCGAAAAUGGAUCAGCAACGAUGCUGGCUUGAUGGAGAACUGGAAAACGGAAAAGUUCGAUACUUGUCCUUUGAAUUCAAACAAUAAUUUAGAUACUCAUCAGACUAAAGUCUUAGGUAUGCCUUGGUACCCAAAUGAAGAUUAUUUGAAAAUAGAUAUUAGAAGCCUUUUUGAUUUAGAUUGUAAGGAUACUAAACGCACAAUACUGCAAACAAUAGGAAAGAUCUUUGACCCUUUGGGAUUAAUAUCACCUUUUACAGUAAGAUUAAAGUGCUUAAUUCAGGAGCUUUGGCAGGAAAACAUCUCUUGGGAUGAAAGCCUACCUCCGAAAAUGGAAAAAGAAUGGAGGCAAUGGCAUGCUGAAUUACCUCUUUUAGAGGAACUGAAGGUUCCAAGAUUAGUACUUGAUACAACCAGCACGGAAGACAUAAUAGAAAUUCAUAGCUUCUGCGAUGCCAGUAAGAAAGCAUACGGAGCUGCAGUUUAUAUAAGAGUGAAAACACGCGAUGGAAUUUAUGUGAAUCUCAUAACUUCAAAGAGCCGUGUGGCACCUUUAGGGAUUGUGGCGGUGCCAGGAUUGGAGCUGCUUGGAGCCUUGCUAAGUGCGAGAUUAACUACUAAAGUGAAAGAAAUCCUCGACAAGAAGAUAACGUCUACAGCAUAUUACUGGACGGAUUCUAAAAUAGCGCUUUAUUGGAUUAAAGGCUCUACAAAGCGAUGGAAGCAAUUUGUUGCUAACCGUGUCAUGGAAAUCAAAGCACUAACAGAUUCAACUUCUUGGUUUCACUGUUCCACGAAGGACAACCCGUGUGACAUCUUGAGCAGAGGUUCUAGUGUUAGAUAUCUUUUAGAGAACUCUAUGUGGUUCCAGGGACCAAAAUUUUUGGCAGCUGAUAGUCUUCCUGUCCCCAAAGAGACAAUUGAUGUUCCUGAGACAGACUAUUUGUCAGAGACUAAAUUCUGA